GCAGCACGGGUUAUCACCACCAUCACAGUCAGCGUCUCAUCCCCCACCAAGGUGUCACUCCAGGCAGCUAACAGUCAGUCUUAUCCCGCGUUUAAUUGAACCAUUUUGAUAUACAUUUCUGCGCGACAUCUCGGGACUGUUGGGGCCAUGAAGGGAAUCAGGUUUUUCGUGGUUUUCUUGGUGCUUUCCGCGUUUCUGUCGUGCACAGCCGAAGCGGCCAGGAGCAGGACCAGCAACCAGAACAGCUUCCGACGGGCAGCUAACGGCAUCUACCAGACCCUGAGCAGUGUCUUCGGAGAGGACAGCAUCAGAGGGUUGUACAAGUUUUUUUCCAAAACGACGGAGCGGUUUGUCCAUGGCGUGGACUCUUUUCUGGACACCAUCUGGAAGAUCUGGUCAGAUUUGCUGGAUGUGAUGGGCAUCGACUCCUCAAACCUCAGCCACUACUUCAGCCCCACAUCUCUCACCAACUCUCCGGCACGCGCCCUGCUCCUGGUGGCCGCCGUGCUUGUGGCCUACUGGUUCCUCUCCAUGUUCCUGGGGGGUUUCUUUUACCUGCUGCACGCUGUGUUCGGCCGCUUCUUCUGGGUAGCGCGCGUCACACUCUUCGCCCUGUCCUGCCUCUACAUCCUGCAGAAAUUCGAGGGUGACCCAGAGCGCGCGGUGCUGCCACUUUGCUUUAUCAUGGCGGUGUACUUCAUGACGGGGCCCGUGGGAGCAUACUGGCGUCGGGGAGGCGGUGCAGGUUCACUGGAAGAGAAGAUCGACCACCUGGACACUCAGAUCAGGUUGCUUAACAUCAGGCUGAGCCGCGUCAUAGACGGCCUGGAACGCACUGGGGACCAGUAGGUAGCAGCGAGGAUGAUGGGGAGGGAGGGGAUAUCGUACAACAGCUGCAGCUGAUGGCAGAAUGCUGUUUCCAGUACACAUCUGCAGCAACACAACUACUGGGUAUUUACUAUUAUCAGAUGGGAGACAAACUAGAUUUGAAAUCAGUAUUUUAAUGGCUUGAGUUUAUUUUAGUUACAGGAUACCUAAAAAAUCCUCAGAGGUCGGACAGUUCACUCGGAGCUAACGCAAAUCAACCAAACACUUUUUCUGUUUGUUUUUUGAGGCUUUGAUCGAAAGCUUUUUGCUACAUUUGUGAGGAAGUUAUCAGAGGGAUGUCUACUUUUUUUCUAAAUGCUGGCCUAAUUCUACACCUCAGCUAUUUUUGAGAAAUUCCCAAGCUGAGGUUUGAAUUCUUGGGGUUUGGAUAAGCAUCGUCAAUGCUUUUGCUAAAUGAAUAAUCAUAUUUUAUGUAUGUUUGUUUGUUUCUAUCCUUGUGAAUAGCCUGGGGGUUACGAUUCUUACACAGGUUUGUCCACAAACAUGUAUUCCCCUUUUUGAACCUACUGAAGGUUUGGGUUGGGUUCGGGUGUAUGAUGCAGGGGCCCGAUAUAAACAUUGUAUUUCUAAUAUGUAAACAAAAAAAAAAAUCCUCAAGAUGUUGGAUAGUUGUUCAUAGUAAGAUUUAUUUAUUCCAUUUUCCAUCCAAAAAUGUUGAAAUCAUGUAGUCCUAGUUUGUUUCAUGAAGCCAACGUCCCAUAGUGGCAAUAGUUUGACAUCAGGACCUCCUUUUCAUUGCGUGUGUUUUUGUGUAUGGGUGCAUGAGCAGAUGAACCUGGGUGACCUACUCAAAGGUGUGUGCAAAUGCAUUAUUGUUUUGUGUGUGUGUGUGUGUGUGUGUGUGUGUGUGUGUGUUUUUCAAGCUUGUGAAAUGGUAAAGCACUGUAUCAAAAAGUCACCAUCAGAGUAGGAGAAAAUGCAGACAGGCAGCAAUAUCUCAGGGACUCAACCUACACACAUAGAAUUGGAAAAGAGAUAUCAAGUAUGUUAAAAUCAUGUCUUGGUCUCUUUGAGCCACUUUACAGCUUUUCAGAUAUGGUUUUAAAUCUGUCUCAGUAUCUUACAACACUUAUUGAUAAAUGGGUGCACAGUUUGUGUUAUUACAUCAUGUUGAAAAGUUAAAUGUCUUAUGUCAUGACCAAAUCCACCUUUUUGAUACUAGCAUGGAAUAAGUGUAGGGAUUAGAACUGCAGCUUUGGAAAGCAUUGUUAAUAUUUACUGUACAUGUGUGAACGCACAAGCAAAUUAUCCACAAAAAUGCUUUAGAAAAAAAAUACUCAAGUUGUUGUAAGUCACACUGGUUUGAAGCAUGUCUUAAUACAUCUUUUUGGGUGAGGAUUUUUAGCAUAAACUGGAUCAAUUUCUCAACUUGAUUACACAUUAAAUUAGGGCUAGUGCCUUUGAUGCUGUGGCAAAAAUACAAGCUUGUACUGUAAAACCCCAUUUAGCUCUGUGUUUAAAGCUGUGCGAUAUUUUAAAUUGCUUCAUGUUCAUAUGUGAUAAAAGCUCUCACCACAGAUCUACAACCAGCCUGAUUGAUACAUACAGUAUGUCUUAUUAAAGCUGUGUUUUACACACAGGCUUGGUGUGCAUCACUGUAGCCAAAGCUAGUUAGUUAGAUUUAUAGGGCUUUUUAUGUCUUCAUUAUUUCUGCCAAUUAAUUUUUAUAUUUCCUCAUCAUGUGCCAUUAUACAAGACUUUCAGGACUUUCCCUGCCAUGCUUCUCCUUGUUUAACAUUUAUGUCUUCAGCUAUUCAUAUUCCCCUUCUGCAUAGUUUUUGCAAUUUCAAUGUAUAAAAUCUGGACUCUGUAAACACAUUACAAAUGACCCUAAUGCUGUGCAAGUUUAGAAAAAUGUUGCUUUUAGUUUCAUCUUAAGGAUACAAGUCAUUGUGGCCAGGCUCUCUUGGUGCACCUGUGACACACCUAGGGGGGCGGAAUCAGAAAGAACACAUCAUUAUCACUACUUCACCCCCUGUAAUCACAGAGCUCCCUCCGUCGUGACACACCGACAGUUUGGUAAUCCUGCAGAGAGUUUUCCUUAGAGGAAACUUGUUAUUGUCUGAGACUUCAGAAAUUGUUUUUUAAAGUUCAGUUUUGAACCUGAAUGAUCUCUACCACAUUAUAUUGCUCACCACAGCCACAUCUAUUUGUAUUAUACUUAAAAAUGUGCAGCUCCAGGCCACAGUUUGGCCAGCUUCAUUUAAGUAAGAGAUGUGAACUGCUUUCAAUGUGUCAGUCUCCAACAUGCCUGCUGACGUGCAAAAGAAACUGCACAGACUAGUUAAUCAAAGACACAUUUGAUGUGCACAUAAUCAUGUGAGGCUCUGUAGUCAUUUUACAACAGUCGGAUGCAGGUUGCACAAAAUUUAACCAGCAGAUCUGCUGUGCGUAACUGUCUCAACAGUGCAACAUCACUCCAGUUAGAGACUAGAGAUGGAACAGAUACAACUGUAAAGAGAGUCUCCAGUGUAAAGGAAAGGCCUUUAGCAUAGUGUUAAAGCACCUGGAAGCUACUAUAGCAAUAACUACCAAAAACAGCCCAAACUAAGGAGCACACAGCCUCCUUACGUCAUCAGACAUUACCUAAAUUUUAUUGGCCAUCCUAUGUUUCACCCAAGUCGGCGUGUAUGCAAGUCAGUAGUCUUGUAUAGUUAAAGACACUACCCAGGCCAAAGAACCAACCAGUAUUUAUACCCUCGACACACAUUAACAAAAUCCUCAGCAACUAUCAGUAUGUGCGAGAUGCAUUUUGCCCCCCUCCUCAUGUUUCUCAGUGUUGUGACGGUGCAGUGUUAAUAUUUUUCUUGGAGAAAGAAGGUGUUGCAUCACCACAAUACCACACAUAUGGGCUCUGUGUCUCGGCACAGUCAGAUAAUUACUAUCACAUAUGUUUUAUUUUUAAUAAUACGUUCAGUACAAUGGCUGGAUUCAGAUUCAUAUUUUGCUCUGCCUUUCAUCCUCGUUGGAGUUAAGUCAGCAAAAUCAGUUUCAUAUUUGAACACAGCUCUCUCUCCCCAAACACACCCAGUUCAUACCCGCAGUAACCCCCCACCCCCCAGUAAACCCAAAGUCUAAUUAAUUGGGAUUUUCUUGCAUGCUUUAUGCCUAUAAUGUUAUGUUACAUUAUAUACAUGUUGACUGCCUAGGUAGAGAACUCUUACAGAAUGUGAUGUGUGAUGUGAUGGAGUUAGUCAAGAAGUUAAUUAUAUUAUUUUGUGUUAUAAUGAGUCUUAUUUUUCUGCAUUACUUCAGUCACAUUUGAAAUGACGACUGUACUGAACUGUGUGCAUCAAAUAUAACACUUAACUGGACACAAAGCCACUGUAUAAUAUGUUGGGAAAUCGAUUUGCAGAGGUAAAGCUGAUUGAAAGAGGGGCUUGAUGCUGGUGUCUUGUGUUGUGUGGUUACGGUCUAAAGCCCUCUGUAUGUUUUCAUAAUGACAGUAUGUGUAAUUUAUGAAGGUGAUGAUUGAAACGUAAUAAUCAUGUGUGUUAUUGAAGGACUGUUUGUAGCCAGUUUCCCAAUGGAUGGUGGUACUGAAGCUGAAGGAUGAGGAGUGAAACUGUUUUUCUUUGAACUGCACACUUCUUACUGUUUUUAUUGAUUAUAUCUAGCACCACAAAAAUGUUUGUUUGUGAGACAAAAACCAGCUUGAGAAAACAGAGAAACUGUAAACAUAAAGUUGCCGCUCGUCGUAGGCCAACUCAUUUACUAAUUGUCAUUACCACUUGGAUGUUGCAAGAUGCCAGUGGAUGUUUCUGUCGACAUCCCUCAGCACUGAUUAUAUUUAUUGUCUGUUAAACCCACCGGUUAAAUGGCCGGUGAUUCCUUUAUUUUAAUGUACUCUGUCCUACUUUUUCCUGUUAUUCCAUGUAGCCUGCUUUUUAUAACAUGCUGUGCCAAUAAUUUAUAUUUUUGUUUAAUAAUUGUGUUGAUUUUUUUUCCAUUUCAUCAAUAUUUUUAGACCUUUUUUUAUCUGAAUAUUUCUGUACUUUAGUGGCAAGCACCAAACUGUCCUGCCUGCUGUUGUCUGUGUGAGUGUGUGUCUUUAUGAAAACCUGUCCAUGGAGAAAUCAUUCCUUUUUUUUCUUUUUGUCAGUGAAAAUGAGGUCCAGAUUUGAAUAAAUUAAACACCACGGUAUGACAAAGA